AUGUCCAACCAACAUACGGACCCGGAACUGACAUUGUGGGCAGUUGGUGAUGGCGGAAGCGCGGAGGCCCAAAGGUACACUCGUAUAGUCAACAAACAUCCAGGAGAGCACUACGACCAGGGCGCAUUAUACGUCUCUGUUCACUACGAGCCACACGGCGUCUGCGCAGCCAUCGUGCCCUUCCACGGGCCCCAGGUGCACACAGGCUGUAAAGUCGCACCUGCGAUCGCAGCCGGAAACACGACCGUGCUGAAGCCCUCAGAGCAAGCCCCGCUGACGCUGAUGCGGAUCAUGGACCUUGUUUCGGAGAUUCUGCCAAAGAACGUUUGCCGCAGUCCUUCGUCGAACAUCCUAGGUCAAAAUGGUUUCUCGUUCACGGGCAGUCUGCCCGUCAGCACCAAGAUAGCCGGGGUGGUGGGCAAAAGCACCAAGUCCAUUAUCCUGAAGCUCGGGGAUAAGAAUGUAUUGGUUAUCUUCGACGCCAUAGACCUGGACCGGGUCCUCCCGGUCGCGAUCGAAGGGGCCUUUUUUGAUAACUGCUAUGCAUGCACUGAUACAUCAUGA